GGAAGUGAUUGUGUUUUUGAUUUUUUUCAACUAAAUCUGAUUCUGUGCAACAAUAUAAUCAUUAUUACGAAUUACGAUGGUUAAAAAGAAAAACAAGAAAGAAAAAGGAAGAGGUGCAGAAAAGGCAGCACAGAAAUUAGCGAAGAAAUCAAAAAAAGACGAAGGUGUUGAAGAUUUGGAAGCUUUGAUUGCUGAAUUCAAAGUCAUCGACAAGAAAAAACAUGAAGUUUUUGAAGAAAAAUCAUCACCGCCUUCACCAAGAAUAAAUCUUUCUGUUACUGUUCAUCCAGAAAAAGAUGAAAUUUUGUUAUUUGGUGGUGAAUAUGACACUGGAAAUAAAACUUAUGUCUAUAAUGAUCUAUAUCUUUAUAAUAUAAAGAAAAAUGAAUGGAAUCAUCUGUUUGUUCCUAAUCCUCCACCACCUAGAUGUGCCCAUCAAGCUGUAGCUGUUUCAAAAGAUGGCGGUCAAUUAUGGAUAUUUGGAGGGGAAUUCGCAUCUCCUACACACAGUAAAUUUUAUCAUUAUAAAGACUUAUGGAUUUUACAUUUACUAAAUAAACGUUGGGAACAAAUCGACAAACCAGGAGGGCCAUCACCAAGAAGUGGCCAUAGAAUGGUCAAUUUUAAAAAGCAAUUAAUUGUUUUCGGUGGAUUUCAUGAAAGUUCAAGAGACUUUGCUUAUUUUAAUGAUUGCUACAGUUUUGAUCUAACAGAAUAUCAAUGGAGUAAAAUUAUUCCGACAGGAAGAGGUCCGUCACCAAGAUCUGGAUGUCAUUUAUUAUCUUCUUCAAAUGGCAUUGUCAUUAUUGGAGGAUAUUCAAAAGUAAAAAUUAAGAAAGAUAUUGAUAAAGGAACACCACAUGAUGACAUGUUUUUUCUCGAACCUGACACCAUUGGUGGCAAAGACACAUCUGCUAUUUUAAAAUGGAAAUGGGGAAAAGUAAAAGAAAGUGGAUCAAAGCCAUCGCCUCGGUCAGCGUUUGGAAUGGCGACAAUCGGAGGAAAUCGUGUCGUCAUGUUUGGAGGAGUAUUUGAUGAAGACGAGGAAGAUGAUAUUUCAAGUAUAUUUUAUAAUUCAAUGUAUUGUCUUGAUUUAACAUCUUUUAGAUGGUUUCCAUUUGAUUUGAGAAAAACCAAGCAGAAAUCAAAGACAAAAAAAUCAAAAAAUGUAGAAGAAAGCGAAAAGAUGAAUGAAGAUGAAAAUGAAGAAGAACCUAUGGAAACAGAUGAAACAGAAAUUGAAUUGAAAGAAAACGAAGACGAUUCAGAGAAAAAGAAGAAUAUUGUUUGGAUUCCAUGUGGAAGAAUGAACCCCGUACUUGUGACAAAACACGGAUUUAUGUAUUUGUAUGGAGGAGCUUAUGAAGAAGAUGAAAAGCAAGUUACUUUGAAUGAUAUGUGGUGCAUCAAUUUAAAAACACUGACAACUUGGAAACAACUCUAUGAAGCUGAUGACACAAGUGGUGACUGGCAUGAGUCGGACAGUCAGUCAUCAUCUGAAGAUGAGAGUGAAAAAGCUGACGAAGCUGUAGGAGGAACAUAUGACAAUCAGGGUACGAAAGAAACCAAGAGUGAUAUAAAGAAAACAGUUCGACAUCCAAAACCUGAGGAACAGGAAGGUAAAGAUGAAUACUGGCUUAGAACGUCGGAGUAUUGGCUUGAAUUAAUGUGCGAUGAAGCUGAUGAAGAUAUACCUGCUGAUAAAAUCAAGAUGGCUGCAGAGGAAAUGGCAGCUGCAUGGUUUGAUAAAAAGAUGAAGAAGAAACUUAAAAAAAUGGACGAGUAAAGAAGUUACAGACCUCAGUUAUACUGGAAAAUAUAAUAUGACCAUUUAAGUUGGAAAUAAUUUGCACGUUGUAGAAAUAUCAUUUAUCGGUAGUAAAAAGCCCGCUCAGUUCUAUUUCAUGCUUCGCUGUAACAAAUUUUGAAUAUUAGAGAACGUAUCAUUGCAAAUAAGUUGUUAGAAAUGCUGUACUGUCAGUACUGUUUAAAAUGUUAAGAAAUGGCAUCCAUCUUGACGUAUGUCAUUUAGUAAUUGCACACUUUGCUACUGUACUGCAAUUUAAUUUGAUGAUAUUGUUCUUUGUACUAACUCAAUCAUCUAUAUUUUUUUCUUAG